AUGACAGAUAUUCAUUCUUAGCAGAAAAGCGUGUAAAAAUAAGCAUAUAUAGAUGAUCUAUUCACAAAUGACAAUGAACUUGAUGAGGAUAAGGAUAUAAUUAAAUAAUACAACACUGCUAAGAAAGAAAGAAAAACUAUUGAAGCCCAUAAGCAAUUGCUCGAUAAUAGAGUGGCAUUGUUGAAACAAGAGGAGAUCAGAACUUUAAAAAAAAUAGAGGAGACUCGUAAAAAGGCAUUGGAAAUUUACUAUCUUAAAAAAAAGAAUGAAGAAAAACUGAAAAAAAGAGAAGAAGAAAAAGAGCAGUUGUAGAAGAAGUAGGAGCAAUAACAAUAAAUUCGAAAAUAGCAAGAAAGAGAACAUAAAUUAUUAAUUGAAAAGCAUAGAAGUGAUAAAGUAUAAAAAGCAUUUAUAAUCAAAUAACAAACCAAAAAUAAUGAAGUUAGGAAAAUGAGUUCUCAAAAAUAAUCCUUAACAACUCUUAAACAAAAAAAUUAGAUAAUAAGAGAAACAAGAGAUCUGAAUAGAGUGAAGGAAAGAAUUGUGUUGGAAAAAAGAGAAGCUAUAAGGGAAUAAUUAGGAAAGAAAUUAGAAUUUGAACAAAAGCUAAAAGAUGGAAAAUAGAAGGAGAUUGAACAAAUAGAAACAUAUGAAAUGGAUUUACUGUAAAAAUUAUAAAACACUUAGUAAAUGUAAAAAACAGCAUUUGAAGAAUUAGAAUCAGCUUUAACUAUGACUGCUAAAGAAUUUGCAGAAAAGUAUCUUCAACCAAAAUAAAAAGAAGAUUAAAAUAAGGAUCUUUCAAAUUUUAAUACUGACGAGGAGGGAGGCUAACAACAUUAAGAUAGACCACAUAUUGAUGAGUCUGAUAAGGAUUAAUCUUCUAAGAUAUCAAUUGAAUAGAUAAAUGAGAUUAAUGAGCCAAAUCUAUAGAAUGAUACAAAUAAAGACGAUAAUGGUGAUUAAAAUGAUAACUAAAAUCAAGAUAAAAAGGACUCUGACUCUAGAUAAGAUGAUUAGAAUAAUCAAUAAUCUUUUCAUCAAGAAGAAGGAAAUUAAAAUUAACAGAACAAUUAAAAUGAGAUCCCUAAUGUACUAGAUUCCCCAAAAGCUUAAGAAAAAUAGGAUGAUCAAUAACAAGAAGAAUUAUGA